AUGUCAACCCAGAGCCCCGAAGAGCUGCUCAGAGCAGUGGAGGCAAGCCAUGAACAAUAUCUCCGUAAUCUACGAAGUCUCCAUGACUCCCUAGCCAGUGCCGCCAGGGACAGAUCAGAUACCAGAACGACCAACAACACCCACCAGCCGUCACCUCUUCUCCAGCCAUCCCUAAGCCCUGUCCAAAGUCCAGGACACAGUCCUGCCCUCUCGUCAGAAGCGGCUUUUCAGCCUGCCCUUCGCCGUGCCCGCCGCUCAACCUUCUCAGACUCCAUCGAGAAGCGGACACUGCCCAGCGGCCUCGAGAGAAAGCAUGUCCCGGCCUCGAUCCACUCCGAGCUAGAUGUUGAGUACCUCCCCCUGCUUGACAUCGCAGGCCCCCGUAGUGCCACCAGUUCGGAUGGGGCCCUUUCUGCUCCUGCCACCAAACUCGUCGAGCGCGUAUCAUGGACGGACAACCAGCUGCUACGCCAUCUCAAGUAUGCUGACUUCACCGGCGGCGCAGCUAUCGGGCUUGCGGAUGUGAUCAGGCGACAGGCCGAGAUUGACGAGAAUGCAGACUUUGAGACAUUUGCUGCGUAUGAAAGCCAGGGCUACGUCAGCUCAACCUUUGAACUGUACGAUGUCGACAAGGAAGGUUCACCCAGACCCGUGGGCAAACACCCAGACCGUCGUCCUCGAGGCGCCGCGGCCGACGCAGCUCCAUCUCCCACACAGAUCGUCGACGCCCCAACAGUGUGGAACGCCCUCAAGGAGAUUCACGCCGACGGCCAAGCCGUAGGUCUCGUGACCAUCCUGCAAGAACCGUCGGCCCUGAUGCUCGGCGCCCUAUUCAUGACAAUGUCUCCUUACUUCGACAUGACGGAGCUCCUCAACCAUCUCAUCACGGACCAUGGAAAUAACGGGAAAACGACAGCCUACGUCCACCGCGCCUUCGCAAGGGACCCCUCGGCCUUACACUUACGCCAACGAAGCUUCUUUUUCGUCUUCAAGUACUACACCGUAGUAGGCGAGGGUCUCGAACCGGCCCCCUUUCAAAAGUACGACAAACGCCCGCCGGACCGCCGCUCGCGAGACCACAUCGACAUCGCGGAAUGCAGCUCCAUCCUCGCCCUCUCCCUGUCAGGCCCGCCACGGCAAUCCGUGAAACAGACCCGCCGCCGUGAGGGCCCCCAGGAAGGGUUCCUCUUCGACACCUUUGCGCCGUGGCACCUGCUGUCGAUACAGUCCUUCCCAGACGACGAACACACACUCCGUGGCGGCGACGCCGAGGCGCACAAGAAUUUUUCCUCGGGGCCCUACGCCUUCCUGGACGCCCUGGUGACGGAGUACCGCGACGCGACGAAGCGGAACCUGGCGCUCCACGCGCGCAUCGCUAAGCUCAUCACGCCGCCGACGGACUUCAUGUUCGACGCCCGCCUGCGCGACAAGCUCCUCUUCGAGGACAAGCACUUUACGUACAUCAGGCGGUACUUUUGGGCGUACAAUACGCUGGGCGUCGUCAACGAGGGGUUGCGCGCCAUGCUGGCGGCCUAUCGGGAGACCUUUCCUGACGAUUUCUGGGACGGUCGGCAUCAGACUCUCUGGCCGCAUCCGGCGCCAGAGAGCCCCGAGGGGGUGGCGUACCGCGACAAGAUGGUGCUCCUGAGGUCCGACUUGGAGCGCGCGUGUCGGGAUUUAGAGACGGUGCAUGCCAAGAACGCUGCGACGCGCAAGGAGGUUGAGAAUUUGAGAGAUCAGCUUUUCAGCGGGAGCUCGAUCAAGGAGUCGAGGAGGGCGAUUGAGCAGGGGGACAACAUCAAGGUCCUAACUUUGGGGUCCAUGGUGUUUUUACCCCUGACUUUUGUGACUUCAGUCUUUGGGAUCACAGAAUUCACAAUCUCACCACAAGACUGGAGGUUCCCCGUGACAAUGGUCUGCGUCUGCGUCCCCUUCAUUGUGGCCCUCAUCCUCUUACAGACGCGCGCCGGGUACUCGCUCGCGAAGCACACGUUCGCCGCGCUGGCCUGGCCAUUCCGGCUGUUCAUGGACCUGGUUCCCGACGAGCAAUUUACCCCGGCCGUCAUCAUGCCUGUGGCUGAGACGAGGCCCAGGAGGAAGAGGCGGCUGACGGGUCGUCGGCCGCCGGCGCUGCCGACGCGGCCCCCGCGGCAAAAGCAGCAUGACAAGGAUGUGGGCUUGCUUCAUUCGUUUCUGGGCUGGUGGACGUGGGUGAGGAAGGCUGGGGCUCGUAGGAAUGAGCGUGAACGAGGUAAGGAAAGCGACGGUUCGGUGUUUGGAAAUGUUUGA